AAAAAGGAACAAAAGAUUUGUUGGAUGUUUUAUAGAAAAAUCAGUGGCACGCAUGCACUUAACCAAUAUGUGGAUGAUAGAGCUGCUUCAUCUUCCUCCAUGUUGCCGUUGGCAGUAUCCACAUUCUCAAAGUUGACACCAAAAAAAAAAAAAAAAACGUUGAAAAAAUAUAUUUGAAGAUGCUUGAUUGAUUAAACAAUACAAAAGAGAAUCGCAAACACUUCCUACAACAAUACAAGAAAAAUGGCGACAACAGGAGGAUCUGUUGCUGCUUUCAGAUGCCCAUCUUAUUUGUGCCAGAAAAGCAGAUCAUCAUCAUCACUGGUUGUGAGUGUAAUCAGCCACCGGAGAAACACGUGCUGUUUAGCAGUUCAAGAGCCAUCUACAUCCACAGUUGCUGCUGAAAAAAAGAAGGAAAAAGAAGCGGUGGAAGACGCAACUGCAGAGACUUCUAAACCAGAGCCAAAGGCAAAGGCAAAGCCAAAGCCAAAGGUUGCAGCAAAAGCUUUGCCUGAGAUGAUGGAAGAGGAUGUCAUCCCUUCACUCAAGGCAACUCUAGAAGCUCAGCAAGAUAUCUCCGAGCUCGAGCUUUCCUUCAAUGAGAACAAGUUGGAAGGCUCUUUCGUGAAGAAGGAGAUACCUUAUUCAUUCUGGGCAUUUUUCCCAGAUGGGACUCUCAAUGGACCCAAGGGUUUCUCCAUAUCCUCAUAUGGUAGAGGAGUCAGCACUGUGGAGCCAUUUCUUGUUGAUGAGAAGAAGCCUACAUCAAAACAUGUUGUCUUUUGGGUUGAGAAGCGUUUGGCUGCUCAAGGCAUAAUCCCUGUCUGGCAAGACUGGUGAUCAAUUUUUUUGAAAUGUAAAUCAAAUUUCUUCUUUAUCAUAUCUUGUUUCCAUGCUUGAACAUUAACAUAGAUGCCAAAAUUCAAUGUAUCUUCACCAAGCAACUCAAUGCAAAAAUCAUCUGACGAGUCCUCAUCCA